AUGGAUAAAAAUUUGACUCCAGAACAGAUACAAAAUCUGUUAAAUGAUACAGAGUUGGAUGAAGAUAGAAAUGAGGAGAUUUUUCCGGAAGAAAUACUGGAUUUGAGUGAUAUGGAGGAAGAAGCUAGUGAUCAUGACACGGAGAGCGAAGAAGAACUUGGCAAUGAUUCUGAAGACGAGAAUAAUAUAGAUCAACAGACUGACAACAGCUCUAAUGCUUUUUACGGCAAAAACAGAUGUAAGUGGGGGAAAACACCGCCGUCGCGGUCACGAGUUCGAGCGCAUAACAUAAUUGUACAUUUGCCUGGUCUAAGAGGUCCUGCGUUGUCCAAAAAUGUGAUGACUCCACUCGAGUCUUGGUCGUGCCUGUUUACUGACGAUAUGUUAGAUAUGAUAGUGGAAUACACUAACCAAAAAAUCACCAAAUAUCAACAAACACACAAAACUGAAGCAACAUAUUAUACACAUCACGUCAGUUCAAACGAAAUACGCGCAUUCAUCGGGUUGAUGUUUCUGACAGGCAUCUUCAAAUCUGGAAGGGAAGAUGCUCGUGGUCUCUGGUCAUCUAAAUCAAGAGGAAGACCCAUUUUUAGAACAGUUAUGAGUCUCAAUAGAUUUCUUUUCAUUUUAUCGAAUCUACGGUUCGAUGAUGAGAGUACGAGAGAAGAACGAAAAAAAAACAACCGCCUGGCUCUCAUAUCUGAGGUUUUUGAUAUAUUUAUACAAAACUGUAGACAAAACUACAGCUGCUCCGAGUAUUUGACUGUGGACGAAAUGCUAGUACCUUUUAGAGGACGGUGCUUGUUCCGUAUUUACAUGAAAUCCAAACCAGCAAAAUAUGGUUUGAAAAUAAUGUGUUUGUGUGAUGCGAAGACACAUUACCUAUACAACGCGUUUAUUUACUCUGGAAAAGAAGCACAAACUCGAGCUGAUUCAAUGUUAGUACCCACGAAGAACGUUAUGACCCUUGCAGAACCAAUUUAUGGAACGAACAGAAACAUAACAGGAGACAAUUGGUUUACUUCAAUUGAGUUGGUGGAUGCACUGAAACAAAAACAACUUACGUACGUCGGCACUAUACGAAAAAACAAAAAAGAGAUUCCUCCACAAUUUCUGCCACAAAGAAAUCGGCCAGUUCUUUCGUCAGUUUUUGGUUUUCAAAGUGAUAAGACGUUAGUCUCAUUUGUACCUAAAAGGAACUCAAGUAUCGCUCUUGUAUCUUCAAUGCACCACGAACCUGUUACGAAUCCUGAAAACAAAAAACCGGAAAUCAUUGAAUUUUAUAAUUCUACUAAAGGCGGUGUCGACGCCCUGAUCCGUGAUCAGAAAUGUGCAGCCUAUUCUGUCAACAGGAGGAGUCAAAGGUGGCCCACUACAAUAUUCUGUUCCAUGCUGAACAUAUCUGGAGUAAAUAGCCAUGUGCUGCAUUCUGCAUCUAACACUGAAAUGAUGAGCCGCUACAAGUUUCUAGAGAACCUUGCAUAUGCUUUAGUGAGUCCUCAUGUUCUGGAUAGAAGAUCUACAAAAACUCUUUCUAGGGAGCUAAAAGAGAUGAUAGACAAGUUUUUGAAAGAGGUUGGUAUUGAUCCGCCAGAGGACCCAUCAACAUCUGAGGAUUUGUCAACACAGCCGAGUCAAAAUAAGAGACCAAAAAAGUCAAGAUGCCAUUUGUGCCCUCGUCAGAAGGAUAGUAAUACUCCUAGAGUGUGCUCAAAAUGCCAAAAAAAUGUAUGUCGUGUACAUUCUAUUGAUGUAAAAAUAUGCGACAAAUGUAAGGAAUAA